CUUGAAAAACCUGCACACGGAAGAAAGAUCAGCUCGGUGUUUGCCAGUUGAAGGUCGGAAGUUCAAGCCACCGGAACAGGAAGUUCCGUUACAUCGUUACAUGUGGUGCAGUGGAACUGGAAACUAAGAGUGGAGGAGUUUGGCAAAUCCAAGUCAAAGUGUGGCAGAACCGAGCACAUCCAGACAGCCCCGAGGGUCCAGUCCCUUUAUUUUGAAACAGCGGAAGACAGGCAGUGACGUGUCGUGGCGGGCUCCGAACCGGGCCGGUGAGGCGUGUCGAGACCAGCGGCCGGAGUGACCGGCGGGUGGGUCCCAGCAUGUCCGUGGUCACGGUCCAACUCGGUCAGUGUGGCAACCAGGUGGGCCAGCAGUUCUAUGACGUCAUCUGCUCGGACGCUCGCGCGGCCCAGACGCAGACGUUCAGCGCCGCCAGCUGUGAGCGGUUCUUCCACCAAAACAAACACGGCGAUCUGGUGGCCAGGGCCGUCCUCAUCGACAUGGAGCCCAAGGUCAUCAGCCAGAGUCUGAGCAGAGCCGCCAGGUGCGGCCGCUGGAGAUACGGCGAGUCCUCCCACUUCAGCCAGAGGCAGGGCUCCGGGAACAACUGGGCCAACGGGUUCUGCGUCCACGGUCCCCGGCACAGGGAGGCGGCGGAGGACCUGGUCCGACGGCAGGUGGAGCGCUGCGACAGACUGGCGGGGCUCGUGGCCAUGAUGAGCGUGGCGGGCGGCACGGGCUCCGGGGUGGGCACCUUCCUCACCCAGGCUCUCAGAGACGCCUACCCCAACUCCUUCAUCCUCAACCAGCUGACCUGGCCGUACCGCUCCGGAGAGGUGAUCCUCCAGAACUACAACUCGGUCCUGAGCCUGUCUCGCCUCUACCCGCUGUCGGACGCCCUCCUGGUGCACCAGAACCACGUGGUGCACAGGAUCUGCAGCCAGCUGCUCCACAUCAGGCACAUCUCCUUCGCUGAUCUCAACCGGGUCAUUGGCCAGCAGCUGGGCAGCGUCCUGCAGCCGGCGCUGGCCGCCGACUCCCAUGAGAGCUGGUCCCGGAACCCUGUGGGUGAGCGCCUCCUGAUGGAAGACCUGCUGUGUCGGCAGACUGCAGUGUGUGUGUGUGUGUGUGUGUGUGUGGCAGGUGAGCUGGUGAGUGCGCUGGCCUGCCAUCCGGAGCACAAGCUGCUGAGCAUCACCAGCGCCCCCCACCUGCCCGGCGCCUCGCUGGCCUUCAGCACCUUCAGCUGGCCCGCGCUGCUCAAGCACCUGCGCCACAUGCUGGUCUCCAGCACCACAGUGGAGCGAGGUGCCGAGCGGCAGGUGCCGAGCCCCGCCCCCGGAGGAAGCGGCUUCAACAGGUCGCUGGCCAACCUGCUGGUGCUGAGGGGGAAGGAGGUGUUCGCCGCCCAGACAGAGGGCUUUGGCGACGCCUCCCUCUACACCCCCUGGCUCCGCCCCCCAGAGGCGCUGACGGUGUGGAAGUCUCCGCUGCCCUUCAACAAGUACGAGAAGUCGGCCACGCUGGUCAGCAACAGCCAGGCUCUGCUGCCGCCGCUGGACCACAUGGUGGGAAAAGCCUGGAAUAUGUUCGCGUCCAGGGCCUACAUCCAUCACUACACCAAGUUCGGGAUAUCGGAGGAGGACUUCCUGGACAGCUUCACGUCUCUGGAGCAGGUCAUCUCCAGCUACAGCCUGUUGGGCUCGUAGUGUCCAUCAUCUCCAGCUACAGCCUGUUAGAGUGUCCAUCAUCUCCAGCUCGUCUGUUGGGCUCAGUGUCCAUCAUCUCCAGCCUGUCCGCGUGUCCAUCCUAUCAACUGUGUGCUGGUCGUUGGUCCAGGAUGAUGGCUCUGUGUGAUCGUGCUCGUAUUCCCGCUGUGUUCUCACAGAGCAGGACUGGGAAUAAACGACUUGCUGUAGGUUCAUGUUGGUCGGUCAGUUGAGCAGUGAUGAAGGAGAGAACUGAUCUGCUGAUUUGAUCAUGAAAAUAUGCUGCAGUCAUCUUCACCUAACAUGGUGCUUCAUCAUCUUUCUUCCACCCGAGACGUUUUGAUAUUGCAGAAUCUACUAUACACACGUGGAUAUAGAGUUGUUUUUAAUUGUACACAGUUUACAUACAUACACAAAAUAAUGAAACAUGAAGUGUCCUGUUUUGUUGCAUUUUCUUUUUGGAAAAUUCCACAAAUUCAAAUCUGUUGAUGCACAGCCAGAUGAUAUAAAAUAGAACAAAUGCACCUUUUGUUAUUCAGAAGUUUUAUUUGGACUUGAGGCCAUUAUAAAGAGUCAGAACCCAAACCCAACGUCCAACAUGACAUCAACUUCCCGUCAUCCAGAGCAGCCGUGUGCAUGACAGGCUCCAGAUCUUCGGGCCUCACCAGCGUCCACCGCUGACUCAUGACCUCCUUCCACUGGAUGAGAUCAGAACCCGCCUUUUCUCCCCAGCGUGGUGGUCCAGAUCAGGCCGG